CAUGCCCAUUUCUUUAGUAAAUUAGCUUUCAGAUUCAAAGCUAAAUAUAUCAUGUCAAGACUUGCUGAUUUGAAAAAGAAAACUGUGUUCUAAUGAUGAUUCUUUAAAGAUUGAAUAAUUAAAGAAAACCAAGCUUGUUAUCAGUUACUUUCUGAUCUCAAAACCUUCAAAAGGUUCAAGAAAGAUGAUCAAAGAUGGUGAUUGUGAUGGUUCAGAUAUGAAUGAUCAGCUGUGUUGCAGGAAAGUUGAAGAUGAUGAUGAAAAUAAUACGAAAUCGGGCGAGAGCUCAGGGACUAACAGCAUGGCAGAUCGACGAGAGGAUGGGAAAACGGAUACAUCGACUCGAGUUAGACAAUAUGUUAGAUCUAAGAUGCCUAGAUUGAGAUGGACUCCAGAACUUCAUCACACGUUUGUUGGCGCUGUGAAACGACUCGGUGGUCAAGAAAGAGCAACCCCCAAACUGGUUUUACAACUUAUGAACAUAAAGGGUCUCAACAUUGCUCAUGUAAAAAGCCAUCUACAGAUGUAUAGAAGCAAAAGGAUAGAUGAUCAGGGACAAGUAAUAAAUGAGGGAGACCACUAUGCUAUAAGUAACGAUCACCAUAUGCACACUUUAUGGCAGCUUCCUUUCAAUCCAAGAUCAUUUAGAGCAAAUCCAAGUAGUUAUGCGGCACUCUUGAGAUCUCGAGACAACAUAAACAGUAGAAUGACAACAAAUCAUGAAUUGGUCAAUGACAUUGGAGCUUACUGUACUAGCAAGAUUUUGAACUCAUCUAUGCAGGAACAAAAUUACAAGAUUGCCCAUUAUGACCAGUUUCAAAAUGAAGCAAGAUUGAUGCAACAAUGGGUGAUCAAACAAGCCUUUUUCAACGCUAGAUCAACACUUGUAGACCAUCAACUCAUGAAUACUCAAAGAUGUGAUAACUCAACCGAAACAAAGAAGAGAAAAGCAGUAGACAAUGAUCUUGAUUUGAAUCUAUCAUUAAGUGUGAAGGUAAGUUCACAAGAAGAUGAAACUGAAGAAGUAGAUAGCUCUCUGUCACUUUCUUUAUUCCCAAAAAAGAAAGAACGUUUUAACUUGUUAGAAGAUGGUGAACGUGCAAAGAAUCCAAGAUGGGCGAGUACUCUAGAUCUGACUAUAUGAAUUUGAGAGUUCUAGUGAGAUGUUGUUGGUACUCGCUUUUAUUUAGGGUUUUCUUAAGGUUGUUUUUAAAUAUUAUUACUACUAUUUACAAGCAUAUAUUAGUAUUUUAGUUCGUAUCGAGUUUCAUGAAUUCUUCGUUUUUGAAUCUAUCGUUGCUUUGUUUGUGAUU